GGGGAUAUGUCCCACUUCUGCCUUUGUGCUUUUUUUCUCCCUUACUGGAAUGCAAAGGAAUAAACAUUCCAAAGCUACAGCAAGAUGUGGUGGGACAGAGUCCGGGAACUGGGCCACUGCUGUUAAACAGCAUUUCCGCUUCCACCUCUACGUAUUUGCUCCCUCCACUCACCAUCCUCUCUUGUACUUCUGCCCUUCAGAGAGCUCUCUUCAAAAAGACCCUUGGAUUCCCCCCACCACAACCCAAUCAAUUCUACUCUUGGUAGUAGGACAAACAGAUACCUUACAGUGUUCUCACUGUGCCUAGAUGUCCUGCUGGCAUGAGGGGCAUCGGAGGAGGUUGGGUUAUUUCUAAGAAAAUAAAAUUCUUGCUCAUUUAGCCAGAAAAUCCUGGAAGGUGCACACUUCACCGGUGAUGCCUAUCAGGUGUCACAGGUAUAGGUUUACAAUCCAUAUUCAGCUUGAAUUGGUAAAAAGGAAAGACUAAUAGUUGUUCCCAUUUGGUGGCCUUUCAGUAGCCUCUGCUAAAUGGGCUGUCAGUCCAGUUCCUGGUAGACAGGUUGCAAAAACCAUGUCCACAGUUAGCCUGAAUUGGCAAACACUCUGGCAUCCAGAGCAAGAUCUAAAAGGGGAUCAAAAUAUCCCUGGCUUUAAAAGGUGAGCACAACAGCUGUCCAGACUCCUGCUGUAAUUGUUAGGUAGAUACAGCUUAAAAGAAAAUCUAGGGGUUUGCCAAUUUCUUUUGGUGCCCCUUCUUCCAUUCCUGAUCUUUUUUCCUUCCCCCAAAAAAGGAGGCCCUUUGGUGAGCUACUUACGACUCUUUAUCUGUUAAUAGGAUCAUGGCAAAAGCGGGAGGAAAAGGAGUGAACCUGAAAGACAAACUUGAUGGCAAUGAACUGGACUUGAGCCUGAGUGACCUGAAUGAGGUGCCAGUCAAAGAGCUGGCUGCCCUUCCAAAGGCUACCAUAUUGGAUUUGUCCUGUAACAAUCUCACUUCCUUACCGUCGGACUUCUGCAGUUUGACCCACCUGGUGAAACUGGAUCUGAGUAAAAACCAGCUUCAGCAGCUCCCCUCAGACUUUGGCCGCCUGGUUAACUUGCAGCACCUGGACCUUCUGAACAACCGAUUAGUCAUGCUACCAGUCAGUUUUGCACAGCUCAAGAAUCUGAAGUGGUUGGAUCUGAAGGACAACCCCUUGGAUCCUAUCCUGGCCAAAGUGGCAGGAGACUGCCUGGAUGAGAAGCAGUGUAAACAGGCUGCUAUCAGGGUGCUGCAGCAUAUGAAAGCUAUCCAGUCUGAGCAAGAUCGAGAGAGGCAACGAAGGCUACAAGCAGAGCGAGAGAUGGAGAAGCAGCGUGAAGCAGAGCAGCGAAAAAAGGAGGCUCAGGAGAGGGAACUACGGAGGCGAGAGAAAGCAGAAGAGAAAGAACGCAGGAGACGGGAGUAUGAUGCCCUAAAAGCGGCAAGGCAGGAGAUGGAAACACAAACACAAAAAGAAAGCAGUGAGAUCCCAAAGCUUGCAUCAGUUUCUCGUCCAUCUCACCUGCCCCAGCACAGGCGCUCCUGGUUCCAGGCAUUGUUGAAGUUGCUGCUCUUGAUAUUUCUGUGUGCCCUUAGCACUGUGGCUGUUUGCCGAGUGACGGAGCUGCAGCGCCACUCUCUGUGCAUCAGUGUGAACGCUCUCUAUGAGGAUGUGGUAAUGGCUCUGCAAAGCCACAAAAUAGUGCAAAAUGUAUUACAUCAGAACUCGCAGCAAUGAUGCUGCUACUUGGACAUGUGCAUUGUCAGCAUCUCUUGCCACCAUCAACACAGCCAGAAUUCCUAUGGAAUUGCGUUCUGGUGAAACUGCCUUUGAUCAGUCAGCACUGGAGUUGUUGGUCCAUUCAGAACAGAGCUGAGCGACUGCUUAGAUUAUUUUUGUUGUGCUUGUGUCUGAGCUGGUCUGCAACUCCUGUUUGCUCACAUUAAAUUAGAACAUGUUAAGACUUUCCCUUUCUAAAGGAGCAAAAGGUUGCCAGUUGGAGAAGCGAAGAAAGCUAUAACUAAUUCGGGUAACUAUGGCCCUAUAAGGAGGUGGAGUAUUUAGACUGAGUAUCAUCUUCUUGCUGACUCUAAGCAAACCUUUACUAAAAUCAGUGGUGGUGAGGCAAAAUACGUAAGCCCACUAAGAUGUAUGGAGAAUGGCUGUGUAUUGAUAUAUCAAAGCGCAGGAGUGAUGAAAUGCUAUUGAAACAAGAAUUGUCAGCUUUGUCAAUAUAACAGUUUUCGCAGCA